CGCAAAAUGAAGAUAUGUUUAGCCUUCUUGUGCUGCUUAGCAGUAGCUAGUCCUUUUGUUCUCAACCUGAACGAAGAUGUGCAGUGGAAAGCCUGGAAGUCUUAUCACGGUAAAACGUACACCACCGAGAGCGAGGAAGCCUCAAGAAAAGCGAUCUGGAAAGACAAUCUCAGGGUAAGGCGAUUAGCUAAGAUACAUAGAAAUUACCAUUUUUCUAUUUGCGGUAAUACAUAGUAACUGAAUAAAUCUUUGACUCGGAAAUCCCUUAAUGCAAAAAAAUUGGGAUCACAGCGGUCGGCUUGAAAAAAAAUAUCUGCUUUAGAGAUUUUUAUAGCAUUUAAAAAUGCUUUUUUCGGUUAACCUUCCAAAUGCUCCAAUUGAUAAAGGGUAAUUGAAAUUCACCUCACUUCUAAAUGCGCUCAGCAUUUAAAGUUUUGCUUAGCUCGUCUAGGGAAUAAACCGCAUGACAAAAGUGCGUGACAGCCUGAGGCCUUAGGGGGUAGAAGGUGGUCAAAGUCUUUAGUUUCUCUAACUGAGAUUUAAAAUCCUUUUUGGCUCUCAGAAAAUCGCCGAGCACAACGCUGAAGGACACUCAUUUCGCUUGGCCAUGAAUCAGUUUGGAGAUCUGACUCUUGAUGAAUACCGCUUCUUUUACCUCGGUUUGCGCGGUCGCAUCCCCAGUGACACCAAGAAAAAUGGUGGCUCCACCUACUUGGAACCUAGUCACGUGACACUUCCUUCUGAAGUUGAUUGGAGAAAGGAGGGCUACGUCACAGGCGUUAAAAAUCAAGGUGUGGUCAUCUUUGUUAAGUGAACCACUAAAAUUCAAAGUUCUUAAACAAGUCAGUUUAAAUAUUGAACAGACUAUCUAAAAAUAUUCCUUAACUGCUAAGCCACUGCGUGCGGAAAACGAUUUCCUGUACUGUUGGCCUAAUCCAGGAAUAAAAAAAAGCGAGGACACUCGCUAUUUUGCGUCGCUUCCCACUUUCUACGCCUAAAACAGGCUACCCAUCCACGCACAGUACAGGGUGUUUUGAAUCCUUGGGAAUCAUUGGUGGUGAUUUUCGCUGGCUCUGCUAUCCUUUUCUGUCCCUGUGUCAGAUGAGGGAGUACCCGUAGUCUGUACAAGUAGUGAUAAAUAAGUGGGAGAAAACUUUGUCACAUUUUCUCAACUUUUUCAAAUUGCUUUAGAUGUAGGACACCUAGUGAUCAUUGUCAGCAAAGGAGUUAAGUAAUCGUUUCAAACGCUUGUUUUCUAUCUUACAGGUCAGUGCGGUUCUUGCUGGGCGUUCAGUGCAACAGGAUCAUUGGAGGGACAACAUUUCAAGAAAACUGGAAAACUCGUCUCGCUCAGCGAACAGAAUCUCGUUGACUGCUCUGGAAGCUAUGGUAACGAUGGCUGCCAAGGAGGGCUUAUGGAUAACGCGUUCAGGUACAUCAAAGCAAACGGAGGAAUCGACACUGAGGCAAGCUACCCGUAUCAAGCUGAAAAUGAACCGUGUCGAUUUAAAGCCAGCGACGUGGGAGCCACAGACACUGGUAAGAUAUGAUGAGAAAGCUAAAUGAAAUAUAAAUAUAUGUGUGAAUAUUUAAGUCGAGACGGUAGAAAAAGGCGCGCUAAUUAGCUCAGAGACACCUCGUGUGUAGGAGGGGACUAUCUAACAAUUGUCUACUUAUUGUUCCUUUUUAUAUUUUGAUUGUUUUGACCUUCUGACAUCCCCCCCUCCACAAUUUUUCGAAAAAUCAUCCCAAACCUCUGAAAUAUUUUAAUCAAAAAUAAAACACAAACAACCGUGAUAAACAUUACAAGUGAGCUUUCGCAUCUUUGCAUAAACUCGACCUUUCGUAUGCUAGUCAGCAUAUAUUUUCAAAAGUGAUCUAAAGUGACCGUUACAGAUUAUGAUCAAGACGAGACUUUUUUUACAAAAUCUACAAGAGAUCUGGAAAUGAAGUUAAGCAUCAACUUUUCAUUGCUAAUGUUGACAUUUAAAGCUGGCUUGAUGUUUCUUUUAUCCUGCAAUGGUAAUCCGAUUUGCCAAACGCUAGAAUUUCAAAAUGAUCCUACUUAAUUUUAUGUCCGGUGGCAUUGACAUCAGCAAAAGCUGACGAGUGGUCAUUUUUAGUCAGGGGUUACGGCCUUCAAGUGUUUUAAAGUAUUUAAGGCGGCACCAAUGACUCUGACAGUACUGAGCCAUUUUUUAUUGAAAACAAUCUUGGGUGGAUUUGGAAGGAAAAGGUCAGAAAUAAACGGAAAACAAAGCUUUUAACCAGAAUCCCUCCUUUAUACGAGAAGGGGGAAGUACUGAGUUUUUCAAUUUCGCACUUUACAAGUUCAGUGUUUCAAUGGAGAAACUUUUCUGGCGGAACCAUUAUUUAAGUCCCUGGUGUUUUCAGGUGUGUUACAAAAACCGAGCAGAAAGAUGUUCGUCUCCCAAAAUUCUGCGUUUGAAAAACAAGUUGCAGGACAAACUGGAAAUAGAUAACAACCACGUAACCUUAAUAAGCUUGCAUCUUUACAGGAUACAUGGACGUUACCCCGCAUGGAAGUGAAGCAGCUCUUCAGUCAGCCAGUGCCACAGUAGGCCCAAUCUCAGUUGCGAUUGAUGCCGGUCACAUGUCAUUUCAGUUCUAUCACAGUGGAGUUUACAAUGAACCGUAAGUGUCUUUUAUAAACAGCUGAUAAGAUAUGGUUUCAAUUCUCUCGGAGUUAAAUAAGAUAAAUUUUAUAUCUCCCAUCGUACAUACAGUACCAGUAGCCUAAUUUUCUCGAUGUUUUGCCGGCGAUUUCCGGAAACUGAGUUCAUCCGUUAGAUUUUCCGUAUUUUUUCUGCUCUGCAUGUCCGAGGGUUGUCUGGAUCGAUCGAAAACGCAACUUAGAUUACAUCCUGGAUAUCUUUUCUCUUGAUAGUCAGCGAUUACCUCGAGAGAAAGCGGGUCGUAUAAGUCUAAAGAGCUCUUGAACCACGCCUCUGAUCAUAUAAAUUUCGGGGCUAUCUCAAAGCGACUGCCGAGAAAGCAAUCUCAUUUGACCAGCAGGUACAAGAUUUGCGUUACAAGCCUUAGGAUAUUAAUUAUUUUCGUUCUCGUUACAGAUCCUGCAGCAGCUCUCAGCUCGAUCAUGGUGUUCUUGUCGUUGGAUACGGAACCUAUAAUGGCCAGGACUACUGGCUGGUCAAAAAUUCCUGGGGAACAAGCUGGGGAAUGGAAGGCUACAUCAUGAUGUCGAGGAACAAGAACAAUCAAUGUGGAAUUGCCACGGAAGCCAGCUAUCCUCUUGUCUAAUCCAAAAAGAACUGAAAUAUUACGUUAUCCGUAAAAGUGUCAUCCAUAAAGCUUCAGCUUUGUUUUGACAAAGAGGUUACAAGUUAUUAUUGUUGAAGUAGUAUAAAUAUUUUUUUUUUGCGUAAAAAUGCGAACAUGGACAUAUAUUGAAUAAAAAAAACCGCUGUGGAAUGAAACUUGAAAUAAAUUCUUGCUCACGUCCUUCCAUCCUUACUUCGUUCAGGACAACAUUUACACUUGAGUUGUUCAAAGUCUUAUGCUGUUGUUGUUUAAAAGGAUUCCCAUUUAUUGCUCAUUCAGUAAUGUUUGGACAAAAAACAACAACAACGAAGAAAAGGCGAAAGAUCCCAUUUUCCCCCCGGAAAAAAAAAAGAUAGGGAGUUUAGGCAUCCACCUUUUUCAGCGACGCACAUCAACCGGAAGUGAGCCUUUUUCUCUUUUAAUAAGCCUUGACGCCACCAUAUUUGUAUUGCCAAUAGCCUGCGUGGCAGGCGUUCGAAAGGGAAGGGUAAGGGAAUUAGGGCGCGAGACCACGCGCGAGGGAGGAGGGAGGAGGGGAUCCUUUCUCCCUUGCGAGCCCCACACGCUCUCCCCCGCCCAAAUUCCCCCUUCCCCCUUGUCUUAAUUCUUAUAGACGACUUGCCCAAAAAAUUGUUCAAAAUUACGGCUCAAGAGUGCAAAAAGCCCACGUCCGGUUGACGUGCGUGGCUCAAAAACAUCGCUGCUGAAACUGCCUAACGUUAACAUCCCGUCCAUAGUCGUUACAAAUUUAACACAUGCUUAUACUUUCGGUUAUGCAAAUAUGAAGGCAACCAAAAACUUGCAAUAUUCAGUACAUCUGUCUUUGCAGUAUUCUCUGAACAUCUACUACAUCUGGACGGUUCUCUUAACCAUACCGUAUAUUAAACAUUGACCCGCCAAUUUCCCCCCCUCGGAUUAACAACUGUAUGCCAAACGACCAUUGUAGCCCCUACCUAUAGCGGAGCAUCACAGAUCAGUGCUUCAGAAAAAACACUACUCAAUAUCAGAUGCAUUGACAACGUAGUUCAUAGUGUGUCACUCGACUAAAUUAACGACAGUGAACACAGCCGGAAGAACGCCGCUCCCAUUCUUCACGCAUCUCCGCCGCCACAAAACUACAGCACUCGCCCACUACGCAGGUUAGAACAGGUGCUAUAUUUUCCCAUUCAUCUGACGAACGAAGCACGAGGUGGCGGUGGAUAAGCGCGACUGGUAAAGGCGCCUUCCCUGUCGCGUGUGUCGCGCGCCCCUCACUCGCUUUGCGCUUGCAGUCUCGCCUGAAAAACGCAAAAUUCUAGUCUGCAGGAAUGAUCUGAAAAAGAGCGAGAUCAUAAUUGUCCAAUUUAGAUCUCUUGACAUGAUGCAGCCUCACUUCAGGUCCUUUUCCACUUUCGGUGAUUGCAUGUUGCAACUAAAAAAAAUGCCCGGCCCGGUGGCCACAUUAAACCCCCAGAUAUGCAGCCUUCGUAGCUGUUUGCCGGUUGUUCGAGAGCGUUUUCUCAGCUUUUUCUCCUCUCUCGCCAACUGAAACAAACCGCCAGCUGCGCAGGCUCCCGAGCGACGGGAUCGCGGGAUUUAAAACCCUCCAGUGAAAAAGCUCCCGUCGAAACAAAGAGCCAUAUUCUCCCAUUAUAUUAUAAUGGCGCUUGUCGCCUGAACAAAACACUUCCUUGUACAAUCACGCACUCAUCUCGUGACUCUAAUCCUUUGUUGAUACAUUAUACACUGCGAGCUAGCAUUCCAAAUUUUGAGACUGUCACCGACUUGCGCGGCCUUGAAGAAGAUCAAACAUUGUACGGCGUCAUGAAAGGUUUUAUCGCUUUUGUGCUGUGCCUAGCUUUUGCAAAUGGCCACAUUCUACAUACUGAAUAUGAGCAGCAGUGGCAAGCUUGGAAAACUUUUUACGAGAAGAAAUACAGCACAGACACAGAGGAAGAAGCGCGCUAUGCGAUUUGGAGAGACAAUCUGAGGGUAAGUUAAACAUACUUUUUUCCCCAGAAUUAUAAGAUUUAAAUCCAGGAACAAAUUACUCUUCCACGCCUCAUAUUGCUUAGAGACGAUGCUUCUUUCCACAUGGCAAGAGACUGACAACAGCAACAAUACGUUUCUAUCAGGUCCUCUACAGAUGACAGUACAUAUCCCGAGACUAGGACGGGCACAUACUAAAUUAUAAAACUUUAUGAACACUGGGGCAAUAAAAUCAACUUUAUUUAUACCACAAAUCUCUUGUGAAAAUUCUGUUUUCCUCUUAACAGAAAUGCUUAAAAUGACUCCUCUGAAACUUGCCCCUUCGUUUGAAAUAAGACUGACUUUCAAGUGUGCGGAACAAAGCCGGCUAAAUAAUGGUUCAGCGUGACAAUUUUGUAAAUAAACCCACACUAAAGUCGAUUAUCUGUAUAGGCCUAUGCGAACUACCCUCUAUGGGCUUCAAAAUAUCUCCACACUGAAUUGUUUAACACGUUAUGGAUGAAUGUGGGCUAGAUACCAUCACCUGCUUUCGUUUUCCUUCGUUAUGUGAAGGAAAGCGGAUGCUUGAUUGGAAUUUUACCCCGAAACAAAAAACCGGAACUCCUACGAGGAGAUAUCGUAAUUCUAAAACAGACAAACAAAUAAGACGUACGUUAAACGCUUUCUUCAUGUUCUUUUCUUUCCUUUUUUUUCUCUUUCUUUUUUGUAGACUCCCUUUUUUUUCUUUUUCCUUUUUUCCAGUAUUUAUCUGUCUUCAUGCACAGCUCUAUAAUGGCAAACCGCAAAAGUAGCACUGUCGAAAAUCCUCGAAAAUCUCUUAUUUUCAGUUUGAGGUUUCAUUUGAAUGGUCACACCAUAAAAGAUUUUGACUGCGGACUGAACAGUUAGAACAACCUUCCCAGACUCCAUCAUUCACUUUGAGAGCGAAAUUGUAAAAUGGUUCUGUAGUCAUGCAGUGUCUGCAGUACAUACAUACACACAUACAUAUCCUUUAUUUAAACACGAUAGGAUUUAAAGCUCAAGUUAAAGCUUGUGGAGUCGUGUAAAAAUAAUUACAAAUGAAUAUAGAACUAUGUCAAAAAUAGGGAUAACAUUGCUUACAAAAUACAGCUUCAAUAAAAAACACUAAAAAUAUACAUUAAGGUUCUAGUUUCUUUAAAAAAAAGAGGCCUUCUUCACUUUGCGAAAAAAAAACGGUAAACUGGUCUGUAAAAUGAGUCGAGACAGGGUUCCAAAGAAUAGCGCCUCUAGAGGUUUUAAGAAACUGCGGGUUAAAACGCGCGACGAUUAAUAUGUUAUUACUCCUUCUGAAGUUGUACGCAGUACAAGGUUUAUUUGUCCAGUAUGACAGAGCCGCAGGUGCUUCACCUAAAAACACGCUAUAUGGAGUAGUUUAAUUAAUCGAAGUUUAUGAUAGAAGGUUAAAGUAUUCCAAUUCGAAUGUCGGUAUACUUCCUUGCAGUGGGUGAAGUAUUUCGAGAGAAUGUAGAAGGUCCGCAUUAAUAGGGCAGCCGUUCCAAACGACCAAUCCAUACAGAGCCAGUUGUUCUAAUAGUUCAAGACGUUUCGGUAAAUAAGAUACUUAAAAAUAGGCAGUCUUUGCAUUUUAAUGAGAAGAAAUUGCAAACUCCAGUACAACGGACAACACUGUUAAAAUGGAGCCUAUUUCUUUUAGGGAAAAAGUUUAUAGAUUGUAGAAAGCCUAUUACGUUUAAACAACUGCCUUUUCCAAUUUUUCAAUGCAAUAACGAACUUAAUAUGCAUAUUAACUGGUGGUUUGUGACGGAGCUUUUGAAUUUGCAUUUGUAGGACGUGGAAUUCGAUACAGAAACUAGAGCCUAUCUAAGGUCACCUGUUUCUUUGUUCAAAUUUUAACUGACGAGUGUCAAAGACAAUGAACCUUUUAAAAAUGUAGUUUUCGUUACAGGACGAGAGAUUGGUGGGGGGGGUGGGGUGGCGCAAUAGAAGGGUGAAAAGCGUCCUCAAUACUUUUCGUAUCUUCUUCGUCUAUGUUGUGGAUGACAUCCCUAGAGAAAGAUCUCUACUGGGGGGUUGGGAGUGAAAGGGAAUAAUAAUCCUCUUGAUAUAAUUCUGCAUUUAUAGAAUAAGGCCCGUUUAUUACUGACUUCCCUAAGUAACUACAACUUAAAGCAUAGACUUGCUACAAGUUGACAUUUCGUAAGUUCCCAAAACGCAGCGAGCGAAGGGAGCUUUAAUGAGGUUGCGCAG